AUGGCCACAAAUGAGAAAUUGGGUCAGAUGAAGUUGGAUGCGAUCAACGAUCGCCUCCAGGGAGGCCGCCUCUACUCCGUCAGCACUCAGUCCUGCUGCACGAACGAGAGCAUCAGUGUGUUCGAGCGGACACGAAUGCUGUUCCGAUUCGCCAUGGAGAAACAGGUACGAAUUUCGAUUUUUAUACUUCGUUAAUUUGAUAAUCGAAAAAAAAUUUUACAAAAAAAUGCUUGUAUGGGGUAUGGAGUUACAGGUCGAGACAUAUGUCAAAAAAAUCGCAAAUUUUAAAUUUUUUUUGGUUCAGAAUAUGUAAAAGUUAGCUGCCUAAUUUUGGUUUGUAAAGGUGAAAAAACCCUCAGAACUUUUAUCGGAACAAAUGCCUUUUUGACCAAUUUUUUUACCAAAUGAAAAGCUUUGUUUCGGGCUAAAGUAAACCCUGGAAAAAAGUAAAAAGUUAGCUGCCUAAUUUUGGUCUGUAAGGGUGAAAAAUCCUCAGAACUUUUUUCGCAACACCAUGCAAAUGCCCCUUUGGAACUACUAAUUAAGGUGCAGUAAUAAUCAAAUUUGAUAUUGUAAGGCUUGUGAAGAUACCAGCGUUUACUUCAGCUCAAAACAAAGCUUUUGAUCUGGCAAAAAUUUGGUCAAAAAGGCAUUUGUUGCGAGACAAGUUUUGAGGGUUUUUUCACCCUUACAAACCAAAAUUAGGCAGCUCAUUUUUUCAUAUUCUGAAUCAGAAAAGUUUCACGAUUUUUUUAUGUAUAUCUUAACUUGUAACUCCAUACCCCAUUGAAGUACUUUCCCAAGGAAUUUUUUUUUUAAUUUUUGCAUAAAUCAUCAUAGCUGACAAGAAUUAUUAAAAACGGCGCCGUUCCUUUUGUUUAAUGCUGAGCUGAUUAUUCCUGGGAAGAAGUGAAAGUUACAACAUCUUUAAGCAGCAUUCGAACGCUGUAAUCUGAUGAACCAUUAGGGCCAAGAAAGAGAAAAAAAUUUAAAGCGAUUUUCAAAGGCUUUUUGGGACUACUGUAAAAUUUGGUGUAUUUUUCUACUAUUAUACAAGGAAACAGAGAAAUUGCAUGUAGUCCAAAAAAAUUUGGAUUCCGUAGCAAAAUAAUAUCAACGAAUGUGCAGAAUAGGCGAGAUUUUUUGGAUUUCCAGCCGUUAUAUUAUCCAUGACAUCAAGGAAGGUUUAGUAUAUAAAUCGUUAAUUUUUUGGGUAAAAGGUGCCUAAAAUUGACAACCAGAACAUUGUUGGGUUCAAAAUGAUGCAUAGUUUCUCCUAUGACAAUAUUUUUCAGAGAAAAAAAGGUUUACUUUAGUUUUGAGCAAUAAUAUUAUUCAUGGUCACAUCUGAGGUCUAGUGUAACAUGAUGACUUUUUUGUGUUCCAAAUUCUUGUAAAUUUGCAGAGCAGCUGUCCACUAUUACUACAGUAGACUAUCCGUGCGAAAACUCACCAUUUUCUACUAAAAAUUUCCAAUAAAAUCCAUCUUUGCCCGAUUCUAUUGCCGUUGUUGAAUAAUCUCCGGUGUUGUUGCCAAAUCCCACAUAUCAAAGCGGCUUACCAACCGUGUAUUCAUGUUUUCAUCCGCCGAGCCGCGAAAACAACGGGUUCUCCCCAAUCUGUUUUAUGGCCUAUAAAUGGGCCCGACCCAAAUGUUUUUUGUUUGUUUUAUGAAAAAAGUUCCGAAAUUUUUUUUUCGAAAUUUUUUUGCUGAAAAAAUAUAAGACACGGGCUGGCACACUCUUGACGGAUGUGCUAACGGCGAGAGUUCGCCGCGUUUCGGAAUAAUAAUGGAGGGGAUAAAAGUGUGAAUGGACUUACAAUUACGAGUGGAACUUGUUUCAAAUGGGAUGAGAGGGCCGAAUGGUGGCAUGGGAUUGUAGCGCAAAAUGUAAUUGGGUUGUAGCGGGUUGAGUGGUUGAGUACGAUGGGGGUUUUUUAGGGUGGGUAAAAAGAAGAACUGUGGGAGUUUUGAAAGGGCAAAAGUUUCGCGAAAAAAGUGUGAAAAUGUAAAAUUACAAUAGUUUUUGACGUCAUGACAAUAUUCAGUGAAAUUCAUUGAAAAACUAUGAGAUUUUAUAAAGACAUCAGCCACGUCAUUCCACAAGAAAAAAAUGAAAAUUUCCUAAUUUUGCAGCCGAAAUUUGGAAGAAAUUAAUCAAAAUUUUACAGGUUCACUUCAAAUAAACAAAAAUUAAUUUUAUUUAUCAUCAAAAAUACCAAAAAAAUUCACCAUCUAAAUCAUCAAUUUUCAGUCCUUCUAUGCCCAUUGCUUCAAACUUUUGACCCUGUUCUGCAUAGCGGUCGCCCAUCUGGUCUACAUGCAGCCCUUCCUCGACUCCUACAGCGCCGUGGAGGACUACACGCUCAAGCUGAACGCGCAAUAUCCGGGCGAGGAGCCAGUCAAAGGCCAGGACAUCAAGCAUUUCCGCGACCAAAUGGACAUCCUCGCCGACUACAAGCAGAACACCUGGAUGUGUGUGGCGUCAAUGUGCAUCGCGCUCUCGACCACCUGCUUCUUCCUGUUCAUCCUGCCGAUCACGACGGUGCGGCCGCGCAAUGUGUUCCUGUUGGCGGUGCUGGAUUUGAGCAUGUUUGCGGCGUUGCCCGUUCUGCUGACGCUCCGAAUCUUCAUUGUGGAGAAGCUGCAUUUGGGGCUGGCGGCGGCGAUGCGAGCUGGACAUAAGAUUAUGUCGGCGGAAAGAGUGAUGAACAUUCUGCAAUGCACCAUCUUGCCGAGGGAGAGGGUAAGAGUUUUUGGUUUUUUUUUGAUGUAAAAUGUAUCGGUAUUCUACUUGUUUUUUUAUCAGAUCUUUAUUUCGUAAAAAACAAUUGGAAAAAAGAUAUAUAAAAAUCGGAAAGAAAUUUUGGUUCACCCUAAUAAUUUCCCUUAUUUUCAGCUUCCCUACUGCUCAGAGAUUGUGCUGGGAACCAUUUUCCCCAUCAUUCUCCUCAAAUACUUGAUCAUCCUCGCCCUUCUCACCCUGCUCUACAUCGGCCUCGCCUAUCUGAUUGAGUGGUGCAUUCGUCAUUGGUUCCCCCACUCCCGUCAACGCAGUCCACUGCCCACUCACUCCUGUUGCAUGACGAGAUGCAACAAGUACCGUUGUCAUGUGGACCCCCGCCCUACGCGCCAGUACCAGGACAAGAGCUACAUCCCGGUUCUGUUGCCCUCGGGCGAUGUGAAAGUGAAACCCAUCACUCCGAUGGCCUCGAUUUCGAUUGUCCCGCUGAUUCAACGGGUCGACGAGGAGAAUGACUGCCCCAGUUUGGCGGACUCAAUCCCCGCCGAGCCGCAGCCCAAUUAA